AUGAGGACAUCGCUCUCUGUUGGCCAACUGGCCGUCGCAUUUCUCUCUUUGUCGCCUAUUGCGUCCGCUUCUGGGCUAUGGCCUAGGUUUCUUCCAGAUAUCGACUCACUCGUCGUGAGGGCAGACCCAGAGCCAGCAUCUUCCGAAGCGCCAGUACCAACGCCGACAGAGAAGACCACGGCGAAGCCUACAAGCAGCGCCAACGAGGACGAAGAUGCCACAACCACCGCCGCCACCACGACGAAGAAGGGGGGGCCCAUAACCACCGAGUACAACACUGGUCUGCACACUAAGAGUGACUCUGACUCUGAGUCUGGCUCUGGCUCCGGCACCAAGACAAAGUCGGGCACCAAGGCGACGACGACAAAGCACAAGACCUUCGACCCACGAGACCCUCCUGGCGGCGUCGUCAUGAUCACCCCCUCGGCUGCGGCCGGCUCCCAGCUCUACAAGAUUGGCGACCACAUCACCUGGGCCUGGAAUUAUACCAGCAUUCAGGCCAAGCCCACAGCCGUUGACGUGCUCGUCUCGUGCAAGGCCCUCACGCAGACCUGGACGCUCACGCAAAACAUGACCUACACCACCCCGGCCUCAUUCACGUGGGACACGGAGGCCUUCCAGACCCAGCAUGUCGAGAACCCGUUGGCGGUGGAGUCGUACACCCUCCUCAUCCACGACUCGGACUCCGCCUUCACCGCGGCUCCUGAGGCCGGCUAUCUCGCGCCCUUCGCCGGCUUCAGCUUUGUUCUGUACACGCCGCAGCCCUACACCCCCCUUGCUAGCGGCUGGGUGUGCGCGACCUGCAGCGGCGGUGUUUCCGAUAUCGAUAAGCGGGCGUUUGGCGCGGUGGUGGCCAUGAGCGUGGUCACGGUUUUCAGCUUCACCUGGUUCGUUACCGGGUUUGGCGGACUCAUUUGA